GGUGUGUGAACUAGAGGUCCCAGCACCCAAGAGCUGGCACCGGAAAGGUUGGAGGAAAAGAAAAAGUCAAGGUGCUUCACAUUGUUCUUUCAGUCGAUCGUUAGCACCAAGUUUGUGUCGAAAUAAACAGAUAACCGACAAAGAAAAUGGCGUGUUGUGGCGGCGGGAAACCUCCGGACACGGUAAGAUCUACUUUCAGUCUUCGCAUUUGGCUUCUCGUUCUCAUUGCACCUGCUGCAGCUCCUCCACUUUGCAUUGUUAUGGCGCCGCCUCUAAGCAGCACUGUCGAAAAUUUACACCAUUACAAAAAACUUCCAACAGAGCAAGCUCGAUGCAGAGCUUGCGGCUGCGAAGCGGGACAAGGAGCAGGCGGACCUUGACAAGGAGAAAAUGCGGAAGGAAAAGGAGCAGAAAGAGCGGGAGCUUGAGGAGGAGCGCAAAAAGAAGAUGAAACCCAUCAAAAACGAGGGCGAGGGGGUGCCACCACCGAUGCCAAUGCCACCAGAUGAUGGGUCGAAAAGGAAAAUGUAUCUAUACCGUUUUUCGUAGGUCGAUUUGCAGGAGCAGAGGAAAGAGCAGAGCUUUUCGUAUAUGUGAUGCUUGAAGUACUACAACUCAACGUAUCAUCAAAAAAUGUAACUCCAGACGCGACCUCCAAGAUAAGAAAGAAGAAAUACUCGGCCUGGCGCAACGAAUGCUGGACCUAUGGCCGUGUAGAAAGUUUGAUCGAGUUCGGAGCUCCUGUUGACACACAACUACAACUACAUCCUCCGACUUCUAGUAUGCAUCUUCAGUUGAAAUUUGAAAACUUGCAUUCCGUUUCCAAUUCCAAUGCUAUGAUAAAGGCAAAUUCAAAUUUUGAGCGUCGUCGUGCAUGUUCCUGCUCUUGAAGAUGUACUUCUAGUACGUCGCGCCAAAAAAACUUGGCCCAUCGACAAGAUGAACUCGGCAUCAGAUACUUUCACCUCCAUCAAGAAGCGAAAAGGACCUCCCGAUGAUUAUGAAACUCGAGCCCGGCGAGAUUAGCACGCUCUAUCAGAAGUACAUCUGCUGGUUCUCGAGCUUUCAGCUGCCCUACUUCUGCUUCGCGUGCCUCGAGCUGACGGCGUGCCUGACCUACACCAACAUGCGGAAGUGCGACCACGUGGCCAUGCUGUGGCUCAACAUCGAUAGCAGCAUCAGUGUCGCGGGAGCGAUACUGUUCGCGCUCUUCGUAUUUAAUAUCGACUCAUCGUGAUUUUAUAAUUUUGUCAACAUGCACUGAUGAACGAGAGUGCAGCAGGCGCAGGGAUUUAAAGAUAAAAUCUUUUUGAAGAUGCGAAAAUCAGUCACCUGCAACAGGACAAGAAAAGCUCAUGCUCGUGACAACUAUCAGGUGCUAAUCUGCCUUUCGCCCGUUUACUCCGCACUGGAUGUGGAUCCGAAAGGCUAUGGCAGAAGAUUAGCCCAGUUUUACGAUGGAGACGGAGUUGAGAUGAGCCGGUCAAUGGACGCGGCGAAGCGAAAAGCAGCGUUAGGAAAAUCUUCCAAACUUGCGGUCAUAUUCGCGGACAUAGCAGGGACUCCGAAAGGGUGUGAAAGUGGCGGAUUUUUUGAUGUAGUUGUGACGGAUUUUUUGUCUGAUAAGUAGUGCAAUUGGCAAGAAUGAGAAAAAACGUGCCAGAACAAGUACGUUGAAAUAAUAAACAAAUAUACUACACGCACAGGUCCUACAUGCUCGCUGGCGCGUUGACCGGUGGCGUCGCGCUCGCGAUAGUCUUCAUCUGGGUCCCGGUGAUGACGACCCUAGCCCUGAUGGCGGAGAUACCUGAAGUUUUGACAUUGUUCAUGGGCAGCUGUGACCCCAGUUUGGACUUCACGAUCCUGAUCUUCGUCGUUCUCAGGGCACGUAUAUUCAUCUUGAUGCAAGUUUUAUUCCAGAUUCAGACGAGGUGGAUUUUGAAUGGGUUCCUCAGUAGAUGCAAGUUGUCAUGUGCAAGCUAUUGCUUUUGGUUUUGUCAUGCAAGGUAUGCAAGAAACCAUAAACAGUUUUCAUCCUCGACAUUUGCUACCGGCUGUUCCUCUUUUUUCUCGGGUCGGACAGGGGCUACAUUCGCGAGCAUGUGGUAGAGAGCAGCAUGAACAACUACGUGGAUAGAAUGGGUAUUUUCUAUAGUUUUUUCUUUGGACAUGGGCAUCUAAAUUUCUGUGAUGCAAAACCAAAACGAAGACGAAGUGCAAAUGUAUGCACUCAGGCUAUGAUGUUGACCUUUUACCUUAACCCAGAAAAAUAAAUACACAUCAAUGAAAAUGAUACAACAAAAAUACAGAGGCGGGCAUCGGCAUGCGACCCGCGCGGGAAGACUUGCGGUACCAGUGGUACCCGGAAAGUCUGAAGCCGGAUAGCUACAAGGAGAUCGAGCGAAUCGACAUCGAACUGCGAUCGCUGCAGGACGCGGCUGAGGCGAAGAAGCCCCUGAUAAAGAAGUGAGCGGGUCGUGGAAGUCGUAAAGCGUUCCCAGCAUCUCCAUGGGAGGACGAUGGUUCUUGGGAGCCAGAUCGUUGCCAUGGGAAGAUUUCUGUCGGGAGCCAAGGCGGAGACGGGAUCCGGAUCGGGUUUGUGGACCACGAGAUGACAUUGAACAGCACGGAAAUUUUUGAACUGCAAGAUGAAAACCCGCCAAAAUAAUUGAAAAAUCACUUUGCGCGUUUCAAAUUUUCCUGCGGAAUCGGCCCUAUUUUUGGGUAGCUCUGCAUAGCGUAGCCCGCAUUUCGCUGGGGGCACGUACGUAAAAGUGGAUGCAAAAAUUGAUGAUCGUGUCACACCUUUUUCAGUACGUAGAUCAAUUUGUUCACCGUCUUCGGGAU